CCGCAGCGCGCCCCGGGGCUGGCCUGGGCUGGGACCACACCUGCGCGCCUCCUCUGCGCGCCGCCCCUGCACUUGGCCGCAGGGCUCUCCCAGACCCCAAGGGGCAAGGGGGAAGCGAGCGCGGGGGGUGGGAAGAGGAGGAGGAAGCCGGUGGGAAGCACCCGCCAACUUUCCAUCCCGGGAAACCCCGGCUGCCGCCCGAGGCUGCGCCACCGCCCGCGCGGGACCCCGGCCCCGGCGCGCUCUCAACUUUGUGGUGCCCUCAGGCAGCGGCCACCGGGAUGGAUCUGCCUCUCUGCGGUCGGGAGCCGCCGGACUCGUCGCUGGACAGCGACUCCCUAGACUCGCUGGAGUCUAGCGUCUUCUGCAGCGAGGGCGAAGGGGAACCCUUGGCGCUCGGGGACUGCUUCACCGUUAACGUGGGCGGCAGCCGCUUCGUGCUCUCGCAGCAGGCGCUGUCCUGCUUCCCGCACACGCGCCUGGGCAAGCUAGCGGUGGUGGUGGCCUCCUGCCGCCGCCGGGGGGCCCUGGCCGCCGUGCCCAGCCCCCUGGACUUCUGCGAUGACGCCAACCCGGUGGACAACGAGUACUUCUUCGACCGCAGCUCGCAGGCGUUCCGCUACGUCCUGCACUACUACCGAACCGGCCGCCUGCACGUCAUGGAGCAGCUGUGCGCGAUCUCCUUCCUCCAGGAGAUCCAGUACUGGGGCAUCGACGAGCUCAGCAUCGACUCGUGCUGCAGGGACAGAUACUUCAGGAGAAAGGAGCUGAGUGAAACUUUAGACUUUAAGAAGGACACAGAAGACCAAGAGAGUCAGCAUGAGAGCGAACAGGACUUCUCCCAAGGACCUUGUCCUACUGUGCGCCAGAAGCUCUGGAAUAUCCUGGAGAAACCUGGGUCUUCCACGGCUGCCCGCAUCUUUGGGGUCAUCUCCAUCAUCUUUGUAGUAGUGUCCAUCAUCAACAUGGCCCUGAUGUCGUCUGAGCUAAGCUGGCUGGACUUGCAAUUACUGGAAAUCCUGGAGUACGUGUGCAUUAGCUGGUUCACCGGGGAGUUUGUCCUGCGCUUCCUGUGUGUGCGGGACAGGUGCCGCUUCCUGAGAAAAGUGCCCAACAUCAUAGACCUCCUUGCCAUCUUGCCCUUCUACAUCACCCUUCUGGUGGAGAGCCUGAGCGGAAGCCAGACCACCCAGGAGCUGGAAAACGUGGGGCGCAUAGUCCAGGUUCUGAGGCUGCUCAGAGCCCUCCGCAUGUUAAAGCUCGGCAGACAUUCCACAGGUUUACGUUCACUUGGAAUGACUAUUACCCAGUGUUAUGAAGAGGUCGGCCUACUGCUCCUAUUUCUGUCUGUGGGAAUUUCUAUAUUUUCAACUGUGGAGUAUUUUGCUGAGCAAAGCAUUCCUGAUACAACCUUCACAAGUGUCCCUUGUGCAUGGUGGUGGGCCACAACAUCCAUGACUACUGUGGGAUAUGGGGACAUUAGACCAGACACCACGACGGGCAAAAUCGUGGCUUUCAUGUGUAUAUUAUCUGGAAUCCUUGUCUUGGCCUUGCCUAUUGCUAUUAUUAACGACCGCUUCUCUGCUUGCUACUUCACCCUGAAACUCAGGGAAGCAGCGGUGAGACAGCGUGAAGCUCUGAAGAAGCUUACCAAGAAUAUAGCCACUGACUCAUAUAUCAGUGUUAACUUGAGAGAUGUCUACGCUCGAAGUAUCAUGGAGAUGCUUCGAUUAAAAGGUAGAGAAAGGGCAAGUACUAGGAGCAGCGGAGGAGAUGAUUUCUGGUUUUGAAUUCACUUUCAAUUUAUUUAUUAAGAGCUUAUGUAAAAUUAACUCCAUUGAUAAAGGCUUGAUAUGAUGUCU